AUGCAGGAAGGCCAGCUGGCUGUUUUAUUUUUCCUCCACCGUAAAUUGAAUGUGCGAGAAGACGGUGUUGAGAUGCUCUUUGAAUGUCAACACCUGAUCCUGUUCGAUAGCUACGAAGGUAUCACCCACGUGUCGAGCCCAGAACUUCGGUCUGUGGUGUCGGAAAACCUGCUGCUCCAACCGCUGUAGGGCAGCCUCGGCUAUUAGUACCGAAAUCAGCUAACUCGUUGGCGUGCCCUUCACAUGCUCGUAGAUUGCUCCGUCGAACGUAAGGUAGGUCUUGGGAUAGAACUUCAGGAUUUGGAUGAUUUGGGCUUGUCCGAGACGAUUCCCCGUUUUGUCAUAUUUCUAUCGUAGGAGUAGUUCGAUUGUCACGACUGCCAGGUCCCGUAGGACAGAAGUAAAAUCGGAAGUGAUAUCAAAGGAAACCAUGAUGUCGCUUGGCAGGAGACUCCUUUAAGUUUCUCCAAGAAUUGUGAUGACGAGCUAGCUGACUGUGGUGCUCGAAUUGGAGGUCAGAAACUUGAGAGGUCCAAACAGCCACUUUGCCAGUCCGUAGGUUGGAUUCGCACGGGACAUAGAACUGGCGAUCUUACAACAAACAUUUAACUUUCUGAAUAUGGCCUGCGGCGCGGGGUUUGCGGCAGGGGUGAGAGUGGGAGAAGAAAUAUUCAUCUUCGAGAUUCCGUCAUCAGGUUUCAUGAGCUAUGUCACGUACUGUACAUAGGUUAAUUCAGAAUGUUCUCUAAGAACCAGAUAAAUAGCAAAUUAUACUUGAAGGCUUUUUAUACGCUCGCUGGUAAAAUUUCGGCAGUUCUGAACUUGUUUGAAUUGCGUUUGAAUUAGUAGACUCGGAAAUUCGGAUAUAUUUUCAAUGACAGCUAGCACCUGAUCCUAACUGAUUGUGGAAAAUGUAGCACCCGAGUGGUCUGUUUUAAGUUAACACACAGGCAGAAUCGAUACAUCGAUUGAGGCAAUGAGCGAGUUUGGGUCGACUUAGUCGGGGCGUGAACUCUGGCGACUUUCUGGACGUGUGUGCAUGCGUUCGCGUUUACAGACGACGUAGGCAUGUCUGUUGGUGGAUUUCAUUAGGUGGUGAGCAGGUGUGGUGGUCGACAGGCAUGACCUGGCAGCAGCAGCAGCAGCAGCAGCAGCAGCAGCAGCAGCAGCAGCAGCAGCAGCAGCAGCAGCAGCAGCAGCAGCAGCAGCAGCAGCAGCAGCAGCAGCAGCAGCAGCAGCAGCAGCAGCAGCAGCAGCAGCAGCAGCAGCAGCAGCAGCAGCAGCAGCAGAGUCAGUCAAAUUGA